UUAUCUGUAACUUGCCUCUGAUGAUGUUUAGUUGCACACACGCUUUGAUCAUUCCAUUAUUCUAAUUAUUUAAUAGCAUAUCCUAAUAGAUAAAAUUCGAAGCUUCUCACUAAUUAGAUACAGUAAUAGAAAUGCAUCUUUAAUUAAUUUCACUUAUUAUUUUAUCUUCUUUAAUUUUAGAUUUAAAAUGGAAAUUGCCGCAAAGAGUUUACCGCUUUUAACCAAUUUAGAUAAAGGAAAAUUUGCAGUAAUUGUUUUUGAAAAUCUAGAAAAAUAUUUAAAUAUGAAUAAAUGGAACAGGGAACUUUUGGAUAAAUAUUGUAGAGAAUAUAACGUUGGAAUUGUUGGAUUUAUGAAGAGUAGCGAGGACAGUUUGGUUGGAUCGCAACUGAAAGGAUUUCCGCUAUACGUUCACACAAACUUAGCCCUACGAGAUUGUCAACUAAAUCCCAAGUCACAGCUGUUAAGACUGACGAGAGCAGGAGAAAUAGCCUAUGGGGAUCUCCCAGGAGAAGACUGGACUGUGUUUCAAUCUAACCAUUCCACUUACGUCACUGUAGCCAUGGCGAGAACUCAAUCCUUUCAUGUUGCCUUGUCUGUUGAUGGGAUUGGAGCUCCCAUGCCCAUUGUCAUACAGGACAUCGGCAUCUACGACGGUAUACAAAGAGCGAUUUUUGGAAACAGUUUUAAGUUUUGGUUACACAAAUUACUCUUCCUGGAUGCAAUUUCUUAUCUUUCUCAUGGUAAACUCAGUUUGCCAUUGCAGAGGUAUCUUCUUAUCGACAUAGACGAUAUUUUCGUAGGAGAGAGAUCGACCAGGAUGAAACCUGCAGACGUACUUGUAAGUAUAUAUGGUUUACACAUCGUUUAAGUAGGAAAUUAUUUAGAAUUUUUGUUAAAAUGAAGAAAAGACAAUCAUGAGUUUAAUGAUAAUCCAUCUUAACGAUGAUUUUGCUUUUAUCAUUGAUGAUUUAGCUUCUUUCUUUGAUAAUGUUGCUGCUUUUGCUGCUGAUGAUGAUGAUAGCGAUUGCGUUGAUGUUGUCAUUGUUAUGCUCUUGCUUUUAUCGCUGAUAAUCUUCCUUCUAUGAUGAUGUUGCCAUGUUCAUGCUUUUAUCAUUGAUGGUCUUCUAUCAAUGAUGAUGUCG